GGCAAAACACUCGAAGAAAUUUAUCAAAAAAAAGAAUUAUUGGAUCAAAUUUUAUUACGUCCAGAUACAUAUAUUGGUUCAACCGAAAAGCAAGAAGAAGAACUUUGGGUUUGGGAAAACGAAAGAAUGGUUCGUCGUAAAGUUUCAUUCGUACCAGGUAUCUACAAGAUUUUUGAUGAAAUUUUAGUAAAUGCUGCUGAUAAUAAACAAAGAGAAGAAACAAUGAAAUUUAUUAAAGUUGAGAUUGACUCAGCCAAUGGUAGAAUUUCAGUUACUAAUGAUGGUGCAGGUAUUCCAAUUCAUAUUCAUAAAGAACAUAAAGUCUAUAUCCCAGAAUUAAUUUUUGGUCAUCUCUUAACAAGUAGCCAUUAUGAUGACUCUGAAAAAAGACUUACUGGUGGUCGUAAUGGUUUCGGCGCUAAAUUGGCCAAUAUUUUCAGUACCAAAUUUAUUGUCGAGUGUGCAGACUCAGGUUCAAAAAAAUUAUAUAAACAAGUUUUCACCAACAAUAUGAGAAAUAAAGAAGACCCAAAAAUCACCUCAUACUCCAACAAGACCAACUAUACAAAGAUUACAUUUUAUCCAGAGCUUUCUAGAUUCGGUAUGGUUUCAUUCGAUGAAGAUCUUAUUGCUCUCUUAUCUAAACGUGUCUAUGAUAUUGCAGGUUGUAAUCCAACAUUAAAAGUUUCUCUUAAUGAUCAAGAGCUUGGUAUUAGAAGUUUCGAAAAGUAUGUCAAUCUUUAUUUCCCAGAUGCCGACGAUGCCCCAAAAGUUUACUAUGAAAAAGUUAGUCCACGUUGGGAAAUUGCUGUUACACUCUCAACAGAAGGUCAAUUCCAACAGGUUAGUUUUGUAAAUUCCAUUUGUACUGUUAAAGGUGGUACCCAUGUUACACAUGCUCUUUCAAAGGUUAUCUCUGAAAUUACCGAAGCUGUUCUAAAGAAACAUAAGGGUGGUGAAAUUAAACCUGCAUUUGUCAAGAACCACUUAUUUGUAUUUGUAAACUCUCUUAUUGAAAAUCCACAUUUCGACAGCCAAACCAAAGAAACUCUUACUAGUAAAAUUACAUCGUUUGGAUCUCGUUGUGAACCAUCUGAAAAAUUCCUCAAAAAGGUUAUCGAUUCUAAAUCUGGUAUUAUUGCAACUAUUUUAGCUUUUGUAGAAUUUAAAGAACAACAAUCUAUCAAGAGUUCAAGUAAACCUGGUAAAAAGGGUAAAGUAACACACUCAAAAUUAGAUGAUGCUUCAUUAGCAGGUUCAAGUAAAUCCGCCGAUUGUACAUUAAUUUUAACUGAAGGUGACAGUGCUAAAACAUUGGCUAUUGCAGGUAUUUCAGUUGUUGGUAAAGAUCAUUAUGGUGCAUUCCCACUCAAAGGUAAAUUAUUAAAUGUCAGAGAACAAGGUCAAAAAGCCCUCAAAAAUGAUGAAAUUUGUAAUAUUAUGAUGAUUUUAGGUUUACAGCCAUUUGUAAAGUAUGAAGAUGUUUCAAAGUUAAGAUAUGGUCACUUAAUGAUUAUGACUGAUCAAGAUAAUGAUGGUUCGCAUAUUAAAGGUUUAAUUAUCAAUUUUAUUCAUCACUUUUGGCCACAAUUACUUCAUAUGCCAGGCUUCUUGGUAGAAUUUAUUACUCCAAUCGUUAAAGUUUCAAAGAAUGGUAAAAAUGCAAUCUCUUUCUAUACACUUCCAGAAUUUUUAGAGUGGAGAGAAAAGAAUCCAAAAGGUUGGGAUAUCAAGUAUUACAAGGGGUUGGGUACAUCACAAGCUUCCGAAGGUAAAGAAUAUUUCUCUGAUUUAGAAAAGCACAAAAUUGAUUUCGAAUGGGAUGAUAAGGCAGAUACUUCAAUUGAUUUAGCUUUCUCAAAAUCUAAAGCUGAUGAAAGAAAGAAAUGGAUGGCUGAACAUGUCGAAGGUACUUAUUUAGAGCAAUAUGGUGUUGGUAAAUUAAGCUAUACAGACUUUAUCAACAAAGAAUUGAUUUUAUUCUCUAUUGCCGAUUGUGAAAGAUCAAUUCCUUCAAUUGUUGAUGGUUUAAAAACCUCUCAAAGAAAAAUUCUUUAUUCAUGCUUCAAAAGAAAUUUAAAAAAAGAAAUUAAAGUUGCUCAAUUAAUUGGUUAUGUUUCCGAACACUCUGCUUAUCAUCAUGGUGAAAUGAGUUUAUACUCCACCAUCCUCGGUAUGGCUCAAGAAUAUAUUGGUUCAAAUAAUGCAAAUUUAUUAUACCCUUCAGGUGCCUAUGGUACUAGAAUUCAAGGUGGUAAAGAUGCAUCAAGUGCAAGAUAUAUUCACACAAGAUUAACUGAUGUUGCUAGAGCACUCUAUCAUCCAGAUGAUGAUAAUAUUUUAGCAUGUGUUGUUGAUGAUGGUAAAAAAGUUCAACCAAAACAUUAUAUCCCAAUUAUUCCAAUGAUUUUAGUUAAUGGUACAGUUGGUAUUGGUACAGGUUGGUCAACUACUAUUCCAAGCUAUAAUCCAAGAGACUUGGUCGAAAAUAUGAAAUUGUUAUUAAAUAAACAAGAACUAAAACCAAUACAACCAUGGUAUAGAGGAUUUACAGGUGAAAUCUUAGAAAGUGGUAAAGGAGGACAGUAUUUAUCAAGGGGUGUUUGGAGAAAAUUAAGUGAACAUUCAUUUGAAGUUACAGAAUUACCAAUCAACUCUUGGACCCAAGACUAUAGAGAAUUUUUGGACGAAUUAGAAACACCAGGCACCAAAAAGAAGAGAAAAGAAGAAAAAGAAAAGAAGAAAGGAAAGAGAUCAUCCAAAUCAACCACCACAAAGAAACCAAAGAGCAAGACAAUUGAAAAAAUUUUCAAACUCUCAUCAACCAUUAAUGAAACCAAUAUGGUAGUCUUUGAUGAAGAAGGUCGUAUUCAAAGAUUCGCAACUACACAACUAAUCCAAGAACACUUUUUCGGUCUUAGAAUGAAAUAUUAUCAAAAGAGAAAGGAUUAUCUUGCUGAAAAGCUUUCUGAAGAAUUUAAGAAAUUAGAUAACAAAGCUCGUUUCAUUUUAGCUGUCAUUAAUAAAGAAAUUGCAAUCAACAAUGUCAAAAAGGUUGAUAUUAUGAAAAAAUUAAAAGAAAUGAAAUUUGAUAUGAUUUAUAAUAAGAGUAUCGAAAAGAUUGUCAAAGAAAAAUUAAAAAAGAAGAAAGGUUCUUUUGAUGAAGAAGAUGCUGUCGAUUCCGAUGGAGAAGAAAAAGAUGAUGAUGAAACAGAUGAAACUGGUUCAAAGAAAUCUGAUGAAGAAAGAGGUUAUGAUUAUCUUUUAUCAAUGCCAUUGUGGACCCUUACUAUGGAAAGAGUUAAAAAAAUUAUCGAAGAAAAAGAUCAAAAGAAGAAAGAAUGGGAUAUUCAUUUAGGCACUCCAUUAUCCGAUUUUUACAAUAGAGACUUGAUUCUUGUCGAAAAAGCCCUUGAUGCCCAAGAUGCCUAUGAUGAAGCUUUAAGAAAUCAGACUGAAAAACUUAAAAAGAAAUCAAAAUCAAAA